AUGGAGGAGGCUUCGUCGCCGCCGCCACCGCAGCGGCAGGCUCAAACGUUCCGCUCCACAGCCUCGAGCAACUGGCGGAUGAAGGACGACUCACCCCGGCCUGAACAGCAGCAGCAGACGCGUGCGCGGUAUACCAGGGGUCAGAAUGGUGGUGGUGGUGGUGGUGGUGGAGCCCACAAUGGCAACGCUCAGUCGCAUUCGCGCAACAGGGAUGUGCAUCACCUGGCGAGCAGCAGCGAAGAAGGCACGCCCGGGACCAGACUCUACGUGGGCAAUCUGCUCUACACCGCCCAGCGGCCCGACAUCGAGGGGCUCUUCAAGAACUACGGAUUCAAUGUCGUCGGCGUGAGCAUGUCGACUGACCCCUUCACGGGGCGGAACCCGAGCUACUGCUUUGUGGAUCUGGACAGCGCGGACGAGGCGCAGCGCGCGAUGAGCGAGCUGAACGGCGUGGAUGUGCUUGGCCGAGCCCUUCGAGUCAGCCCCGGUGUCGCGAAGCGUCACGGUCAAGGGGGCGGCCCCGGAGGCGGAAAUGAAAUGCGAACGAAGGACUAUGAGAGAGGGCAAGGACGGGCGAGAGGUGUCCGCGAGACGAGGGAACAGAAGGACGGAGAAUACAACCCGACCUUCGACCGUGGGAACCGUGGCGACGCGCAAACGCACUGGACCGCGCCCCAAGCCGAGGGUCGCCGACUGUACUUUGGCAACAUGCCUCGUAUCGAACCGCAGUCCGCGCACGAUCAAGAGAUCCAGGAGCUCUUCGCCCAGUAUGCGCCCGGCAUCGCUCUCAGCGCCGUCUCCAAGCAGGUCUCGCCGCGGCCGGCACCCAAGCCAGAGCACGGCAACAACCAAUACUAUUGCUUUGUCGACUUGGAGAAGGGUGAAGAUGUCGACGCCGCGAUUGAGGCGUUGGACGGAAAGCAAGGCAGUUGGGGCGGCAACGUCAGGGUCAACCGUGCGAGGACUUCCGACAGGAAAGUCGUCAAGGAGCAAGGAAUGCUCAACCAGGAAAGAAGGAGUUUGGGCGAAGGAAGCUGGAGGAGGGCGAGCGCACCCACCGGGGAAUAA